CUCUACCCACCUCUGUUCACAUCUCCAAACACUGACAAUCAGCAACAUGAUCCCUGUUUAAACACACCCACUGAUCAGAAACUCCACCCUCUUAAAACACUUACCAGGAAGAGACUGACUUGCUAUUUCUCCUUCCUGUCAUACUAACUUUGUCUCAACAAAAGCAAAAAAGAAUCGGCUAUCAAUGAAGAACAAAGAGGAAAACUUUCAAGAAGGAUUUUUGAGAAGGAAGUUUGUUUCUGAACAGACAGCAGAUCUUUGUGGUUAUUCAUUUUUGAAACCAUCAUUCAGAAAGUGAAAGUAAAGUUUAGACUGCAGGAGCUCAAACAGUGACAAUGGCUUCACUAUCUGAAGAUGAUCUUUCUUGUCCCGUGUGUCAUGAAAUCUUCAGUGUUCCUGUUCUUCUGUCAUGUAGUCACAGUUUCUGUAAAGAGUGUCUUCAACAGUUCUGGAGAACCAGGGAAACUCGGGAGUGUCCUGUCUGCAGGAGAAGAUCCUCAAAAGGCAAUCCUCCAGUUAAUCUCGCAUUAAAGAACUUGUGUGAGUCGUUCCUGAAGGAGAGAAAUGAGAGGCGUUCAUCAGGAUCUGAGGAGAUCUGCAGUUUACACAGUGAGAAACUCAAACUCUUCUGUCUGGAGGACAAACAGCCUGUGUGUGUAGUGUGCAGAGAUUCAAAACAACACGACAAUCAUAAUUUCAGACCCAUCGGUGAAGUGGUUUCAUCAUACAAGGAGGAUCUCAAUACAGCACUGAAGUCCUUACAAGAGAAACUUAAACACAAUGAAAACAUUAAAGGAGAGUUUGAGAAAACAGUUCAACACAUCAAGUCUCAAGCUGAGCACACAGAGCGUCAGGUUAAACAGCAGUUUGAGAAGCUUCAUCAGUUUCUCAGAGAUGAAGAAGAAGCUACAAUCACUGCACUGAGGGAGGAAGAGGAGCAGAAGAAGCAGAUGAUGAAGGAGAAGCUGGAGGAGAUGAACAGACACAUCUCAGCUCUUUCACACACAAUCAAAGACAUGGAGGAGAUGAUGAAAGCCAGUGACGUCUGCUUUCUGAAGGAGUUUCCAGUCUCGAUGGAAAGAGUCCAGAGCUCACAGCCGGAUCCACAGAUGGCUUCUGGAGCUUUGAUUCAUGUGCCACGUUACUUGGGCAACCUGCUGUUCAGAGUCUGGAAGAAGAUGCAGGACAUCGUCCAAAACACUCCUGUCAUUCUGGAUCCAAACACUGCGAAUCCACAUCUCGUCCUGUCUGAUGAUCUGACCAGUGUGAGAAACAGCGGGAUCAAACAACCUCUUCCUGAUAAUCCAGAGAGAUUUGACUGUUAUGUCUGUGUUCUGGGUUCAGAGGGGUUUAACUCAGGAACACACUGCUGGGAUGUGGAGCUUAAAGAGAGUUCAGUCUGGUCUCUUGGAGUAACUACAGCAUCAAACCAGAGGAAGGGAGAUGUUUUCUUUAACACUGAUGAUGUCUGGAGAGUGACGUGUGGACAGUUUAAUCAGAAGCUUGAUCGUGUGAGAGUGAAUCUGGACUAUGACAGAGGAACGGUGUCAUUCUCUGAUCCUGUAACUAACACACAUCUUCACACACGCACAACCACCUUCACUCACACACUCUUUCCAUACUUCAGUUGUUUUGGCUCUCUGAGGAUCUUACCGGUCAAUAGUCAGUAAUCGUCACUCCUGUAGGUCUGGAUCUUCCUGCUUUCAUCAUAAAUAAAUAAAUCAUGUGAUGUUUUUGUAGAAAUUACAGUAUAAUACUGUAAAGCAGAAAUAUGUUAAACUUUUAGAAAGAAUGUGUUAAAAAUGAAACAACUUGUUCGAUUUUUACACAUUAAUGGGUGUUUAUAAUAAAUACGAUCUUAAACAGUCAGAAAGGAAAUGUCCAGCUCAGGACUAAGCAGUUCUCUUCACAAUCUUAAUAAGUAUCAUGACACAUAACCUUCAAAAUCAUUUCACUGUUACUAAACUCUGUUGGAUUGAUGAACACUGGUGGCCAAAAGUUUGAAUAUUUAAGAUUCUUAAUGUUUGUGAAAGAAGUCUCUUUGAUGCUCAAGAAACAUUUCUCAUUAUUAUCAAUAACUGUACUCCAUCUUUUCCACAGCACAGGAGUAAAAGUGAUCAUCAAAAUAGCUUUACAAAGCAAACACAAUGUUUUGGUCCACCUGACGACAUCCGAAUGUUCUCUGGAUGUAUGUGUGUCCACAAACACUAAUAUCCUCAGUUCUUCAGAGGAGAUCCCGGUUCAAACGCUACAUAAAAAUAUAAGAGAGAGAGAGCUGAGAAAGUUUCACAUGAGUGUCAAAUUAUAUUUUACCUCCAUCAUACUAUAACUUAAAAUAUAUAUUUGUAGUAACUUUUGAAUACUUACAUUUCUUUAAUUCUCUCCAAAAAUGCUAAGAUUCAUAGAGAGAAAGACUGAAGGAUGUUGAAGCAGUUUGAGACAAAUACACAAUAAGACAUGCAAGAAAUCACUAUAUUAUGAUCUUUUUCCUUCCUUCAGUAUUAACCCACCUGUGCGCUGAUAUACUGAAAUCAUAUCAGGAUCUUCAUGGUCAGGUGGGACUGCAAUGACAGAGAGUCUUCUGGAUAAUAAAAGAUCAAAAAUAAAAGUUAUUUGGUAUGAAUUUUUACUGCAGUGUUUACCUGAAUAAAGUCAAUCUGGUGAGACUGAACAUAGAAAAUGGUCCAUCUUCUGAUUCAUUUGCUGUGUAAUAAAUAUAAUAUUAGUCAUAAUGCAAAAGUCACUUAUUUGAUAUAAAGUUACACUGUAAAAAAAAAAAAAAAAAAAAACUUAAAUGGUGAAAUGCAUGACAGCACAGUGUGCCAAAUGUUUAAAAUAAAAUAUAUUUUAAUGAUCCUUACAACUGAUAUAUGCAGUAAAAAAAAAAAAAAAAAAAGACAUAAAAAAAGAUAAUAAUAACUGCUGCUGCCAAACAAAAACCGUAAAAAUUAAAGUAAAAUAUCCUGAAUUAUGAUCAAACACCUUCACUGUAAAAAACAGAAUCAAAUGACUGUCAACAACGGCUGCCAAACAAAAACCAUAAAAUGAAUGUAAAAUAUCCCAAUUUACAUAGUGCAAAAAAACUUUUACAGAAAUUUGUUACGAUUUAAAAUAAUGACUUUCUAUUAAAAUAUAGGCCUAAUUCAAAAUAUAAUUUAUUCCUGUGAUCAAAGCUGAAUUUUCAGCAUCAUUACUCCAGUCUUUAGUCACAUGAUCCUUCAGAAAUCAUUCUGAUAUGAUGAUUUGAUACUCAGUUAUCGAUGUUGGAAAUAGUUGUAACAGUUUUGGACUUUUGUUAUGUUUUCAUCUAGAUUCUGUCAUGUCUUGUUCAGUUCAUUUGCUCUCAUUAUGUCUCUUGAUUAAUUAACCAUUUGCUCGUGUUUCUGUUCUCCCUGAUUGUGUCCUCCCUUCAUUAGUGCCCUUAUAACAACUCCCUGUUCUGUUCGGUGAUUGUAUGUGUUACUCUCUCUGUGUGUGUGUGUGUGAACUCUUCAUCUUCAUAUCACUUGUUUGGAUUAUCUUCAUCUUUGUGUGCUCUCUUGUAUCUAUGGCAAGCAAGCCGCGUGACAACAGUUGUGCUGCUUAAUAUUUAUUUGGAACCUGUGACACUUUUUUCAGGAUGCAUUGAUUAAUAAAAGUCAAAAUAGAAAUCUUUA